CGCACGCCACGGGCGCAUUCCUUCUUUCCAACGAUUCAGCUGCAAGCACUCCUAUUUCAAAUUUGCUAGACGUCAUCAGCAGCAGCAGCACAACAUGCCCCCCCCCCUCCCCUCCUACCAUCGCGGCAUGACCGCAAACCCCCUCAAACCGAGCCGACACCGACCCGGAAAAGCCGUCGCCGAGGAGCCUUCAUCUGAAGAAGAGGAGGAAGAAGAAGAAGAAGAAGAAGAUAACGAGGCGGAGAAGAUCCGAGAGCAGGAACGGCGCAGACUUGAACAGCAGAGGAGACAGGCUCCUAAGGCGAGCUCGUUUCCGGCGGCGGCAGCGGGGAAAAUCGCCAAGGGGGUCAAGGAUGUGAAGAUUGAGGAGGAUGAGGAUGAAGAUGAGGAGGGUUUUGUGACGGAGGAUGAGGAUGAGGAUGAUGAAGAAGUUCGACCUUCGAAGACGGCUCUCCCUGUUGCGGGCGAUAGGGUGGCUGCUAAGCCGGCGCAGAUUGCCGCAGAUGAAGAAUCGGAAGAGGAGGAAUCAGAGGAAGAAAGUUCGGAAGAAGAGAGCAGCUCGGAAGAUGAAGCACCCCGCAGGGUGCUGUUACGACCUACGUUCAUCAAAAAAGACAAGCGCAAUACCACGCAACCAACGAACGGCGGAGCAGGCACUACGGUGGAUUCGGCAGCCGACACAGAGGCUCGUCGGGCACAACGACAAGAAAAAGCAGAUACUUUGAUUCGAGCGCAACUAGAGAAAGACGCCAUUGCGCGGAGCGAGGCAAAUCGGGCCUGGGAUGACGAUGAGUUGGAGGUGGGCGACGAAGAGGCCAUUGACGACACGGAUGGAAAGGACCCAGAGGCAGAAUAUGCAGCGUGGAAGCUCCGAGAGCUGAAGCGCAUCAAGCGCGAGCGUGAGGCGAUCGAGGAAGCAGAAAAGGAGCGCGAGGAGAUCGAGCGACGCAGAGGACUGACGGCCGAGGAGCGCGAGCGCGAAGACCGUGAAUUCAUCGCCAAGCAGGAGGAAGAGAAGGAGGCGAAUCGCGGUCAGGCCGGAUACAUGCAGCGUUACUUCCACAAGGGUGCCUUUUUCAGCGAAGACAUGCAGCGCGAGGGACUGGCGCAGAGAAACCUCAUGGGGGCCAAGUUCGUGGAUGAUGUCUCUCGGGAAACUCUACCGCAGUACAUGCAGAUUCGUGAUAUGUCGAAGCUGGGCAAGAAAGGACGCACGCGCUAUAGGGAUCUCAAAUCCGAGGACACUGGUCGUUUUGGCGAGGGGUUCAACAACCGGUCCCGGCAUCGCGACGGUGCUCCCAUAGGUAUUACCGAUGAACGAUUCAUGCCUGACCGGGGCGACGACAGACCGAGAGGUCCUACGGGGGCCAAUGCUUCUGCGGUGCGCGAGAGACGGAGAUCUCGAUCUCGAUCACGCUCCCCGCGACGAGACCGCAGUCGCGAUCGUUCGGCAGACCGGUACCGGCCUGAUACAAGCAGUCGCAGGAAGCGAAGCCCCUCGCCUUAUGAGGAUCGAGAGAAACGGAGGCGCGUGAGUGUUUCGCGAGAACGCUAAAUGAGACAUGUAAAAUUCAUUCUAUUUCUAUCGGCGUUGUUGGGUAUCUUGGAUCAGGGUUGCAUUGGGAACCGUUGUUCCUUUCUCCUGCAUUAAUGUGGCCUCGAGACGAAUAUAUCUGCACGUUGGGUCGAUGGACUCAACGUACAUAAAUCACACAUCUUGCUUGCAUAUACAAGAAUCAAAGAUGUCCGCGCGAGUCAUCGCGUUCCCUUCCAUCUCGCUCAACAGUAACGGCUCGUGGAUCGAUCGUAUACCAAGUAAUCAAAUAGCCUGGCCCCAUAACCCGCGCGGCACAUGAGUGUGAACCCGUUCGUAUCUAGUAUACUGAAAGAAAUCGCUGCAAAGAACAAUCG